GGCACCCACCACUGCAUUGCCCGCCGGCGCUGUCCUCCACUGCCGCAUUGAAGCCGUGCAGCGAGCGUCCUCCGGGCAGUAUUCGCCAUUCUCUGUUUUUUCGAACGGACUUGGGGUUUUUACUAUCUUUUUUUAAACACGGUCUUCGCGGAGUCGCUGAACUUUCGUUCCUUAGUUUUUAUUAUUAAUUGUGUUGAUAUGCAUUCGCUACCAUAGUUGGCACACGCACCCCGCCACCAGCUAUGCUCCCACGCUUGCGUCUUCUCCGCGGCGGCGCGCAGGCCAUCCGCCGCCUGAUCCCAGCAGCAGCAGCCCAACGCACCACUCACCGUUUCACGUCCACUGCCGUCGCGCUGCCAAAUGCGAAGUCUCCUGACCGUGCAGCUUCCAUUGGUCGCCUCGCUUUCGACGCCUCCAAGGCAGGUCUGGAGAAGGUCGACAAGGCCCACGUCGCGAGCGUCAUUCAGGCGGCGACGAUGGGGUCCGCGUUUUACGAGAGUGAGCAACGCAAAGAAGCGGAGCGCACUGUCCGACACAACGCCCUCGUCGCCAAGCAGCGCGUCUUCCGUCACCUUCCACGCAGUGAACAGCAGGAGUGGGCGGUGAGGGCGGAAGCGGCGGCGGCGGCGCUCGAGUCCACCCGUGACUUUUCCCGGAGCUUCAUCCACAUUGACCUGGACAUGUUUUACGCCGCUGUGGAGGAGAAGUUCAACCCGUCCCUCCGUGACCGCCCUUUUGCGGUCGGGAGCUUUGCGAUGCUGGCCACAAGCAACUACAUCGCCCGUCAGUACGGCGUUCGCUCUGGUAUGCCGGGCUUCAUCGCCAAGAGGCUCUGCCCGACCCUUUGGAUUCAGCCCCUCCACUUCGAUCUCUACCGUGCCGAGGCCGCCGCGGUGCGGGCGAUUGCCGCGACGUACGAUCCCUUCUACGUCACCGUAGGCCUCGAUGAGCUGACGAUGGACGUCACAAGCUACCUCCAACGGCAACGCAGUACGAGCAGCAGCAGCGGCACAGCGGCGAUGACGGCAGCGGACGUGUGUGCGGAGUUCCGUGCGCGGGUCGAGUCGGCGACGACGCUGACGUGCAGCGGUGGCAUCUCCCACACGGCCGCCUUUGCGAAGCUGGCGAGUAACGUGCACAAGCCGAACGGCCAGCACGAAAUCACGCUCCGCACCCGCGCGGAGGUGUUGCAGCGUGUGCGGGACAUACCGGUGCGGGACAUCCCAGGCAUCGGCUACGCCACGGAGCAGCAGCUGAAGUCGCUGGGUAUCUUGACCUGCAAAGACUUUCUUUCGCAUCAGGCGGAGCUGUGCUACUUAUUUCGCGAGAAGACGUUUGCCUUCUACCUUUCUGCCGGCUUGGGACUGGUGCGCACCCACGUCGAUCGCGCUAUUGCUGAGCGCGCAGCGCAGACGUCGCACAUGGGGAGCGCGGGUUCGACGUAUGCUGAAUGCAAGCCCGCCUCGCAGGAAGUGAAGAAAAGAAGGUCAGCGCCUGAUGUGCACAUCGAAACAAAAACCACCGCACGGGCAGCUGCUGCUUGUCCUGUAGCAGCUGCUCCCCACGCUUCUCUGCCUCUCCUGCAGAAAUCAACAGGGAAGUCCAUCACGGUAAGUCGAGGGCUGCCCUCUCCGGCCGCUUUCCGGCUGCAGCUUCGUCAGCUGGUGAGGGGCGCACACGACGUUCUCGUGCAACAAGGUGCCGGCACUCGGCACAUUUCCUUCUCCACCAUCGACCACAGUUUCAGAGAGCGCCGUUACUCCACCACGUUGCCGAUUCUGACGGCAAGCUACGGCAGUCUGUGCAAGGCCGCUGCCUCGUUAGCGGAACCGUUUGUCCCCCGUCACCGUGAGUUUCGUCUGAUCGGUGUGAACUUUGGCAAGCUACAACGCAUGCCAGCGAGGUCUUCGUCGUCGUCCUGUGCAACACCUCUGAGUGCGUCUAAGGCAGCCAAGUUCGAGACAACCACCACCGCCAGCUCACCACGUCAUCCAAAACGCCGGCCCUCCACCCCGAAGGAGACGUUCAAGCUCGUAGCUCCCGCUUUGUCCCUAAAAAGAAAACGGACGAAAGCAAAAGCUUCAGCCGCGUCCUCACAGGCGAAGACAAACGCCAAAGCGUCGUCGAGGCGCGCGACGAAGGUGAACGGGCCCCCGCCGAAAAUAAAGCACCGCAUUUCCUACGUCCGUCACGUCUAA